AUGUCCGACAGCAAGCACGAGGUCUCGCAGACCGAGAACGGCGCCCCCAUCAAGCGCGGCAAGAAGCGCGCCUGCAUCAACCACUGCAAGCGCUUCUGGUGGCUUCACCUCAUCAUCUUCUGCUGCAUCACGGUCCUCGUCGUGUGCCUUGUCAUCUUCGUUGGCGUGCCCAACAUUGGUCAGUCCAAGGUCAACGCCGCCAAGCUGGAGAUCCAGGGCGUCAACGUGCUCGACUCCACGCCCGACCAGUACUUGAUGCAGAUCAACUCUACCAUUGAGACCGAUGGCACCGUUCACGCCGACAUCGACCCCUUCGAGGGCAAGAUGUACCUCGACGACGUCAAGGACGCCCCGGCCUUCGCCACGCUCCAGUUCCCCCCCACCAACGCCGACAAGCACCAGAACGUCAACAUCAGCCAGACGGUCAAGGUUGACGACCUGGAGGCCUUCAAGCAGUUCAACAUCGCCUUCUUCAAGAGCCAGAACCUGACCGUCCGCAUCGCUGGCAAGACCAAGAUUCAGCCCGCCGGCCUCAACCGCAAGUACGACGUCGACUUCACCAAGUACCAGACCAUCAACGGCCUGAACCUGCUCCAGGGCACCAAGGUCAAGGAUGCCAAGGUCAACCUGACUGCCCUGACGGGUGAGAACUUCAAGGGUGUUGCUGAGAUCACCAACCCCUCUCACUUCACUCUCGACCUUGGCAACGUCACUUUUGCCAACUUCGCCGCCGACCAGAACGUUGGCAACCUCACCAUCAACAACCUUCUCCUUGUCCCCGGCCUGAACCGGGUCAACAUCACCGCCGCCUUGAACCAGACUGGCGUUCUCUCCGCCCUGAACCUGAAGCCCGCCUGCGAGACUGGUGUUGUUCCCUUCAAGCUGUUGGGCGUCGACGUCGUCAACCAUGGCAAGCAGAUUCCGUACUUCCUCGCCGCUCUGGGCAGCGCCAACCAGACCGUGGACAUCAACAUUGCGGAGAUCCUCGGCCUCACGGUGCCUGCUUGCCACUAA